UUGAAACGUAGCACGACAGCAAAACAAAACCAAACAACUUUCUAUCCGACACUUUAGAAUUAAAAUAGCGUCUGGGGAUUAGAUUCAGAUAGAAUUGAUCUUUACUUCAUCUCCAAUACCAACAAAUUCUGCCGCUGGAAAGGAUUCUGGAGUGCUUUGAUUUUAUCUCCUCAGCUGUCAAUUUUCAUCUAAAACCCCGAUUGCAACAACCGCCGUCAAAAUCAGCCAUUAUUAUCCUAUAAUUUCAACAUCAACAACACACACACACACUCAAAUUGAAAGUCUGAGGCACAAUUACUAUGGGGAAAGAAGGAAUAAAGAUGGAAGACAAAUGGGGUUACGACAUCAACACCUCUUCCUCCUCUUGCAUCUCUUCAAUUAACUCUUAUUAUCACGAGGUGCUUAGCUAUGGACGAAAGAGGGCUGUGAUAAUGGAAGCAAUUGAUCAUGAUCGUAACUGUGUAUUAGCAAACAUUUUGGCUGCCCAUUUUUGCUGUUCUUCUGAUCCUUCUCGAGUUCCUUCUCUUCUUCAUGCUGCUAACUCCAAUCUUGAAUUUGCAACUCCAUAUGAAAAAGCAGUUUUUGAAACAAUCAAUUGUUUGAUUUCACCAAAUAGGGAUGAUGAUGUUGCUUUUGAAUUGCACUUCAAGUUACUGAAUGAUUUCCCUAAAGAUUUGGUGUCUUUAAAGAGAGCUCAAGUUCUAUGUUUUUACAUGGGUCGACCCGAUCUAUCUUUGCAACUCAUUGAAAAGGUGCUUCCUGCAAAUAAUCAACAAGAUUUUGUAUAUGGAAUGCUUGCAUUUCCUCUACUAGAACUUGGUCGAAUGGAGGAUGCUGAGAAAGCUGCCAAAAAGGGGUUUGAAAUUAACAAGGAAGAUCCAUGGUCACAACAUGCUUUGUGCCAUGUGUUUCAAUAUGAGUGUCGAUUUAAGGAAGCAGUGGAAUUCAUGGAAGAAUGCUCAAAAUCUUGGGCUCCUUUAUCAUCAUUCAUGAACACUCACAAUUGGUGGCAUGUUGCUCUUUGUUACUUGGAAGGAAAUGCUCCCUUUGAAAAAGUCCGAGAAAUCUAUGACAAUCAUAUAUGGAAAGAGUUGGAUAGAAGUGAUGCUACUCCCGUUGAGGUAUACUUGAAUGCAAUUGGAUUGUUAUUGAGAGUUUAUGUAAGAGGCGAAAUCCGUUUCUUUGAUGAUCAUUUGAAGAUCUUAGCAGGUUAUCUAUCAAAUCGAGGCUUUUGGUAUCUUGAGUGGCACCUUGAUUUAUUAAUAUUAUGGGCCUUAGCUUUUACUGGGAAGUCAACCGAGGGUCAAGAUUUACUCAAUGGCUUAAAAGAGAAGGUUUCCACAAUGAAUUCAAAGAAGGGAAAGUUAAUGCAGAAAGGACUAAUGCUUGCAGAAGCUACAUACGAGUAUGGGAGAGGCGACUUCAAUAAAGCCUUAGAGUUGCUUGGUCUGGACUUUGAUGCUGAAAACUGUAAGAUGAUUGGCGCGUCUGGGGAACAACUUGAUGUGUUUAAUGAAGCUUGGUAUGUUAUGUUACUUGAUGGUGGACAAGCUGAAAAGGCGAUUGAAGUGAUUGAGAAGCAAUUAAAGAAGAGGGGCGGGUCCCCGUUUUUAUGGCGCUUGCUGGAGAGGGGUUAUAAGAUAUUGGGUAAGCAAGAAGAAGCUAAAACCGUAGGGGAGAAGGCAAAGGCUUUAGAGAUGGCUUACUUUUAAUGAAAGAUGGGAAAAGCAUCAAGAAUCGGAUAAUUUUUAGUUGUCCUUGUUGAUAGAUAUACUUAUUAUGUUGUAUUGUAUGUUAUAUAGAGUCUACAAUAUGUAAUGAGAGAGUGUUUUACUAUUAUAUGCUUAUUAAUGUAAUAAGCUAUCGUUAAGUAUCAUGGUUUGCGUUGUGAAUAAUAAUUAUGUGAAUGUUUGUGUU